CUAUUUAUAGUUAUCUGCAAUUUCAACCUAUUCUAGCUUUCCAUUCUUCAAAUGGGCAUUCAAUUUUAUGUUCUACGUACUUAACAUACAAAAUUUGCUGCUUUUUGUACUCAUUUGUAUGUAAAGCAUUUCUUUUUACCUUGGGAUCUUGUCUAGAAGUGAAUGGCAAGCCGAAUUACUCGGUCCCGGGGACAACAAGCUCAGCAGCAAGAUCAACAGAGUAGAGCUAGAUGGACAACUUACCUUACUAAAAUACUUGCGAGCUUGAUGGUCGAACAGGUUUACAGAGGGAAUAGGAAAAACAACUCUUUUGGUAAGAAAGCAUGGAAGAGCAUGUGUGAUGAAUUCUAUAGGAGAACAGGCCUGCAAUGGGAUAAGGAGCAACUGAAGAACCGAUAUGCGGUCUUGAGGAGGCAGUGUGUUAUGGUCAAGUCGCUUCUCGAUCGAGAUGACUUCAGUUUCGAUGAAACCACUGGGACUAUUAGAGCCAAAGAUGAAGCUUGGGCUGCUUACAUCAGGGAACACCCCGAUGCCGAUGCUUUGAAAACCAGUGGCUGCCCAAUUUACAAAGAGCUGUGCACUAUAUUCUCCGAAUCAGCAACUAAUGGAAGACAUGAGCAAUCAGGUGAAUUUGUGGAAGGGAAUCCUUCCUCGAGUAUGCCCCAAGAAUCGUCAUCCGAAUCGGAAGAAAUUGAUGAUCUAGACCAACAAGACACAGUUCAGCCUGCCACGCCUAGUACGACAGGUGUGCGCAAAAAAGGGCGAAGGGGAAUUGAUGGUGCUAUUGCUGAUGCGAUUUCGGAGAUGGCGGCUGCGUCAAGGAUGAAGACAUCGGCAAUUCAGCGAUGGAAUGCAAGAUAUAGCAUAAGCAAAUGCAUCCAAGAAUUGGAUGCGAUGCAAGGUGUUGAUGAGCAACUAUACUUUGCCGCUGUCGACCUUUUCAACAAGGCGAUUGCAAGGGAGACGUUUUUGUCCCUAAAACCUGACAAGCGCUUGACUUGGUUGCGCGGCAAGUGUGUGGCGUAUCCCAUGCCUUGAGUUGACAAAGAACAACCUGACAUACUUGUUCAGUCCUCUCUGCUGUUUUUUGAUUUUGUCUUUUUGGAAGGUUGCGGAAUUAAUGUUUUGACAAUGUAUAUAUCCCAUGGGACAGUUUUACUAUUUUGUUCAACUUCUAGGUGGUUGAAUGGUCAGGUCCAGAUUGUUGACAUAGUACGUUUUGAAUUUGUCAUAGCUCCCCUAGAAAAAAAUUAUCCCAUUGAAGUAAA